AGAAAAACACUUUCAUUAUAGGUAUCACUGCAACAGAAGUAUCAUCCACUUCCUUCUCACCACAGCCUGCAGUCAUAACACAAGAGACAAACUUAAGUAUAACUGAUUUAAUGCUAGUGCUAAGUGUUUUAAGCCAAGCAAUGUUUGGACCAGUUCAUUGGAUAGAUUUAGGAUUGUCCCUUGGUCUCCAUAUGCCUUCUCUUGACGAGAUUCGUACAACUAGAGGAGACGCUACUGAUUGCCUCAAACAAACUCUUCAAAAGUGGUUGGAGGGAAGGGAUAAUGUUACAGGAACAACAUGGGACAACUUAAUAAAAGCAGUCAGAAAUACUGGGGAUAGGGCAGCUGCCGAGAGGAUACCAGGAAUCCUCAAAUCAAGGGGGGAAUACCCUGCGAUGACAGGCAAGUUUCAUUCCUUAUUAUUGGAUGCUGUAAAAGAAGCUCUGACCACAAAGUCUAUAGAUGAUGUUAAGGGGUGUCUAUUGGAUCUAGAAGCAGCUGCUGCUGAUUGGGCAAGUGAAGUUGAUGCAGUGACAGAUGAGACAUCUUUGGAAGAAUUACUUCAGCGAUAUUGCUUUCUUUCUAAUUUAUCUCUACUGAAGUGCAUAGCAGAGAAGCUUGACCUCAAGGAAUCAAAGUCAAGGAUUGACCAGCUAGCUGAAGAGAGAGAUGCCUUCUAUAGCAAAGUACUUGCUGGAGACUUUGCUGAUGCAAAAAUGGUAGAUCACGAAAUAAUAAAAGAGCAUCAUGUGGAGAUGACUGUUGUUGUGUCAUGGCCUUCAUCUGAGACAACCCUAGCAAGAUUUCAAGACUUCAUCACUGAAGAGUUUAAAGAUCUCUCCAUGUUCAUAGCACUGAGAGCUGUUCAUCACAGCUCGCUGACACCUUUAUAUACUGUGCCAAUCUGGGCUUUAGGUCGUAUCCGCUCUGCAAUAGCAUCUGGCUUUGGAUAUUUUCGUGGAAUUCUACAAGUCAUACUUAAUAAUGAAGUUAUAUAUGAAGUAAAAUCUUUUCACGAAGAUCUUGUUAAAGAUAUUGAAAUCCUACUCAUGCCAGCCACUACAAGUGAAGAAGGCCCAGUAGUGGAUUAUCUGAAGAAAUCACCUGAAAAGGUCAUUGAAACAUCUAUUGAUGGUCUGAGGAUAUACAUAGGGAAUUAUGGAAAAAGCAAAGUCAUUGUUGUGAUGACCGCACCAGAUAAGAGCAGGCAGGGUCCCAUUCAUGCUGCUGCUAUCACAUCAAAAAUGUUAGAAAAGAUUCCAAGCAUCAAAUACGUUGUUGCUGUUGGCGUCUGUUUUGGAAUGGAUCCAGGAAAGCAGAAGUUAGGUGAUAUCAUCAUUUCAGGCACAAUCUGUGAUUUCACAAAUAAACGUGAAGGAGUGGGUCAAAAUGAGUAUCAGAGAGGCCCUGAACACCAAGUAAAUCGAACUAUUGUGGACAAAUUCCGACAUACUCAUGGUUUUGAAAUGCCAGACAAUAUUAAAGUCACUAUUGGGGUUCUUAUAUCAACAUGCAGUCUGAUCGAUAAUCCUGACGUUAAACAGGAAUUGCUUGCCCAAAAACCUGGUGCUAUAGCAGGAGAAAUGGAAGGAGCUGGAAUAAUGGCUGCUAUUGAUUAUGCCCCUGAACGUGGUGUUAGUGCUAUUGUCAUCAAGGGUAUCGGUGAUUGGGGUGAUGGUGACAAAGAAGCCACUAAAGACUCAAAGGCUACUGCAGCCCGCAAUGCUGCUCGUUAUGUGUAUGCUGCACUAAAUGAGUGGAAACUUGAAUAA